AUGCCUGUCCCCAUAUCUCUUGGUGCUUACAACUACGUUGCGGAAACGAAAGAGAACCUGCCAUGGGCCGAGCUUGUCACGCUAGAUUUGGCAAAGUAUGAUACUCCCGAGGGCAAGAAGGAACUGGCCGCAUUCCUUAUCAAAGCACUGCGCGAGAAGGGAUUUUUCUACGUCAAGAAUUUCAACAUCUCGCAAGAGGACGUGAACCGUCAGUUCGCCAUCGGCAAAGCCUUCUACGAACUUCCCCUCGAAGAGAAGAGCAAGUACACCCCCUCGAACCUCGAUCAAGGUGGAUUCAACGGUUAUGUACCGGCGGGACGCAGAAUUAUCGACAAGGAGACCGGUCUUCGUGACCGUGUUGAGAUCUACAACAUCCCCAAGUUCAACGGCGACUUCAAGCACGAGCACCCCGAUCUGAUCAAGGAGCACUUGCCCGAGAUAGAAAAGUUUGCUCGCGCUCUGCACUCCGAGGUGCUGGACCGUCUGCAUACCCUUCUUGCCAUCGCCCUGGAGCUCCCCGAGGACUACUUCGUCAACCUCCACAAGUAUGAGAUCAAGUCUGAGGACCAUCUCCGUUAUAUGAAGUACAAGUGGUACACGCCGGAAGAGAACGCCAAGAUCGGCAACUGGGGACAGGGACACACGGACCUGGGUAGCUUCACCCUGCUCUUCCGCCAGCCUGUAGCGGCUCUGCAGAUUCGCGAUCCGAUCACUAGGGAGUGGCGCUGGGUGAAGCCGCAGGAUGCGACGCUCACAGUCAAUGCUUGUGACGCUCUCUCCUUCUUGACUGGCGGCUACGUCCAGAGCACCAUUCACCGGGUCGUCAUUCCGCCGAAGGACCAGCAGCACGUUGACCGCUUGGGGGUCCUGUACUUCUCCAGGCCAAACAACGAUCAUCUGCUGAAGACUGUUGCUGAGUCACCUGUUCUUCAGCGCGAAGGCUACACGCAGAACGUCUUCGAGGAGUCUGGCAACCCCGUACCGACGGUUGAGCAGUGGACGUUCGCGAAGCAGAAGUGGCAGCGCACAAAGAACGUCGCGCGCGACGACCCGAAGCACCGGACGGCGGAGAUUUGGCCGGGAUUCAGCGAGAAGAUCUACGACUAG